CCGAGGUUGCAGCCGCUGCCUCGGAUCCUGAUCCUUAUCCGGCGCUCGGCGCGUUGCACGGAGGGCGCUGCGGGCGAGGCAGGCGGGCGGGCGACCAUGCCGAGCAAGAAGAAGAAGUACAACGCGCGCUUCCCGCCGGCCCGAAUCAAGAAGAUCAUGCAGACGGACGAGGAGAUAGGCAAGGUUGCUGCCGCGGUCCCCGUGAUCAUUUCUCGGGCACUGGAGCUCUUCCUCGAAUCCCUGCUGAAGAAGGCCUGCCACGUGACGCAGUCCAGGAACGCCAAGACCAUGACGACGUCGCACCUGAAACAGUGCAUAGAGAUAGAGCAACAGUUUGAUUUCCUGAAGGACCUCGUUGCUUCCGUGCCAGAUAUGCAAGGAGAAGCUGAAGAGAACCACAUGGAGGGAGAGAAGGUUUCCCGGAGGGGCCGAAAGCCUGGGAGUGGACGGAAAAACGGUGGCACCACAGGCAAGGGAAGGGACCUGAAGCAAUCCGGCACAGACUCAGAGCAAGAGGACGAGUCGGAAGACAGUGAAAGCAACGGCGAGGAGGAAGUGUCCCCAGCGGCGCCUCCUGCGCGACCCGCCACGCAUCUUUCCACCAUCCCAGGGCCCUACCUGCAUUUCACCUCUCCGCCAGCACCUGCGAUGCCCGUGCCUGUGUGUGCACCGACAGGAGACUUGCCCAUGGCUUCCACACCUGCGCUGCUCACGCCGGCCAGAGAAGACGACGAGGAAGAUUACGACUCUUAACCAUAGUUCUCUUUUUCGCUGCUGCCACUUUGGGGCUGGGGGUGGGGGGGCGGGGAAAUA